UGGGAGCCCUCAAAGAAUGUGCUGUUUGACAGUCGGGAUGUCAAAUUUGUGGAGAACAUCAUGUAUGGCAAGUGGGAGAAGCAGCCAGAGGCAAGGGUCACCCAGCAGCUGGAAGAGAUCACUAUGCACUUCGAUUUGUCCGAACCUGAGGACAGCGAAGUCACUGCGCCAACGGCAAGCGGUACUGAUGAAAGAAGCAAUGAGGAUAUUGCAGCUAAUGCUGACGUCAAGGAUCCGGAGCAGCAGCAGCAAGAGGCUUCCAAAACACCAAAGGAGGUGUACAUGGUUCAACCACCUGGCUAUGAGGAUGGAACCAGUCGUGUCUGCAAACUUAACAAGGCCAUCUAUGGCUUGAAGCAGGCCCCGAGAUGCUGGUACAACAGGCUGGCCAGUGCACUGGAAGGGAUUGGAUUCCGUGCGAGUGCAUGCGACGAAAGCCUAUUCCUGAUGGGCGAGGGGGAGUCGCUUGUGCUUCUGCUGGUGUACGUGGAUGACAUCCUGCUCUUCAGCAGCAGUGACAAGGAGAUCGAUGUGGUGCAGCGGAAGCUCACAGAGCAGUUCAAGUGCAAGUCACUUGGAGAGGCAAGGUACUACCUGGGAAUGCACAUUGAGCGGGAUACUGAACGUGGCUGGCUCAAACUGCAUCAGGGACAGUACAUCAACACCUUGGCUGAGAAGUACUCUCUGCAGGAAGAACGGGAAGUGGUUACACCUUUGCCUUCCGAGUUCAAACUCAUAAAGGCAGCUGAAGGAGAAGGAGUUGAAAGUGAAGACCAGAGGAAAUUCCAAUCCAUGAUGUGCUUGGAUUGUGCAUGACAUCGAGCACAUUCCAACGAGCCAAUAAUUGUUGGAAUCGGAGCACAUAUGAAGAAGUUACGAAGAAAUGUUUGAUGGAUUU